AUGUCGGUAGGGAUGCGUUGCUUGACAGUGCUCUUCUUCGGACCGUUUUCUGAGGGUUUUGUGGCGGAGUUGUCUUGUAUUGUUAUUGCUGUAGCUGAGGAAUGCUUGCUAGUGUGUUCUUCAGUUCAUGCUCGACAUUCAUACGUCAACGAGUAUUCCUUAUCUCGUCGGUUUUAUCGCAUCAGUAGGGCACGCACUUCAAAGCUAUCUGAAUGCAAAUUCGGUCUCCAAAGCUUAGAGAGGAGUCUCGAGGACGUGACAGCGCUCGGCACAGUGUUUACACAACGUGUGCUUCGCAAUGUUUCUUGGGCCACGCGUGCUGUCGCUGCCGCUAGCCGCUGCGCGCAGCUGGCGGCGCGCGGCGGCGGCGCGUCGGGAAGAACACUAGAAUCAAAGCUCCACAUCCCAGUUGGUUGUGGGCAAAGCUCUACACGUUGCAGUGACGGGGCGGAACAAUGUUCCUCCGUUCUUCAGAUACAUCAUCCUUCCUGCUACCUUCCUGCAGCCGCAUCCUCCGCCACCGCCGCCGCCGCCUCCGCCUCCGCCGCCGCCGCCGCCUCCGCCGCCUCCGCCGCCGCGCCGCCGCCCUCCCCGCCCCGCGCCGUCCCCCGCCAAAGAUGCAGCCGCCAAUCCGCGGCCGCCCGGCGUCUCGGGCGCUGGGCGGAGCGGGGAGAGGCCGCGCUGAUAUAUGAGCAACGGAGGCCUUGGUCUCAUAAGAUCCGAGCCCUCCGCGCAGCACGCCACCACCUCCGUCGCUCGUGCUCCGCCGCUGUCCGCUCCGCUCCGCCCGCGCUCCGUCGCCCAGACGAGUCCCCGCCGCCCGUGCACCUGUGCUCUCUCCGCGCCGGACAGUCCGCCGCAGUGUGUGUGCGCGCGCCCGUCCCGCCUGUGCUCGUGUGGGUCGCUGUCGCCGUCUCGUCGCCCGUCCUCAGCGUGCGCUCCGCUUGCUCGUCCUUUGCGUCUGUCUCUGUCUGUCUCUCGUCCGGUCGCUUCCAUCGCAAUGAUGCGCCGCCACUCGUCGUGCUGAGCCGUGGCGGGGGCUGGGGCGGCGCUCGCGCUGCUGGCGCUGGCCGCCCUGGGCGCUGGCGGCAGCUCGCCGGCCGCGCCGCCGCCGGCCCCACGCUCGCCCACCCGCUCUCCAAGCGCUCCUUCUUCGACCUGCAGUGCAAGGGCGUCUACGACAAGAGCAUCUUCGCGCGCCUCGACCGCAUCUGCGAGGACUGCUACAACCUCUUCCGCGAGCCGCAGCUGCACUCGCUCUGCAGAUCUAAAUGUUUCACAAGCCCUUACUUUAAAGGCUGCAUAGAAGCUCUACUUUUGAAUGAAGAUGAAGAAAACCUUACUCAAAUGGAGAUGGAUCCUAUACUGUUGCAAAAGCAAGUUCGAGAUAAUGCUGAUGAGCUCAAUAGUUUUUUGAAGGAAUUGAAAAGUUGGGAGAAAGAUAUGAAGAGAAAAGACCAAGAAUUAAUUAAUAGUGCUACAGAAAGUGUGGCAGUACCACCUGUCAGAAGUAAAAUUAAAAGAAAAAAAGUGACAGAUAAUAGUGAUAAAUCUCCAGUUGUAAAUGAAGUUAAACGUAUAUCAUCAUAUGAUUACACAGCCUGGGACAAAUUUGAUGUGGAAAAAGCGUGUGCAGAAAUUGAUAGUAAAAAGAAAGAAUCAGAAGAGACAGAUUCAGAAACAGAGGAAGACUUAGCAAAUGGUGAUGUUGCACAAUUGAAAGAACAAGCUCUAUAUGAGAAGGAACUGGGAAACCAGCAUGUAAAGGAAAAGAGAUGGAAAGAUGCUAUUGACUGCUACUCGAAGGCUAUCCUUUACAAUCCUCAUGAUGCCAUCUUUUAUGCAAAUAGAGCUCUGUGUUAUUUGAAAACAAAACGAGCUAAAUUAGCAGAAACAGAUUGCACCACUGCAUUACAGUUGGAUAGUACAUAUGUUAAAGCGUAUCAACGGAGAGCAUUAGCCCGUAUUGAAAUUGGUCUCAAAGACGAUGCUAAAGCUGACUUUGAGAAAGUUCUUGAAUUUGAGCCAAAUAAUUCUGCAGCAAAAAGUGAGUUGAUAAAAUUAGAGAAGCAAGGAUCGAGUGCUAUCAAAACAAGAGUGAAAGAGACUAAAAAAAAUGUGGAGAGAAGCGAAAGCGAUCAAAACAUUAGAAAGGACUAUUCAGUGUUAAAGGAGAAAUCAUGUUCCACUAGUACGACUGAAGAAAUAUCAGUGUGUACAAAAAGAGUAGGAGGAGCACCUGAUAUACUGGGUGGAGGAGGGGACACUGGAACUGUGAAAGUUCCAUGCAGCUUUUUGCAAGAAGGAGAUGAGGAUAUUGUUCCUAGGCCGCUGAGAGUAGUGCCUGUUCAAGAAGUUGAGACUAUUGGUGAUCUCCUGAAAAAGAAUUCUAAACCCAAAGAAAUGCUUGAUAACAGCCCUAAGCCAAAAAUAGUUGAAUUGGAAUCGGAAGCAACUGUUACUGAGUCAGUCUCAGUAACUGAGCAAAUUAGUCUACCUACUAGUAGUGCACCUGCUAUUAAAGCUUCCGUUAUGAAAGAAACCAAACAUCAAGACACCAAAUCAUCAGAACUUCAAACAUCAAAUAACAAGGUUGACCUUCCUCCUGUUCCAAAAACAUCUGUACAGUUCCUCGUAUCUUGGAAAAUUGUGAGAUAUAACAGUGAGUUAAGACAUCAAUUUUUAAAGCAAAUUCCUGGUAAUGAAUUUCCACAGAUAUUUCAAGAAUCUCUUGAAAGCAGAGAAUUUAGUGAAAUCAUUUCUACUUUGGCCACAGAAUUUUUAGAAAAAAAUGAUCCUGUUUAUCCUUACCUGAAAGGUUUAUCAGAAGUGAAAAGAUUUUCUGCUCUAGUGAUGUUCAUGUCAAAAACUGAAAAACAAGUGAUUAAAAAGCUGCUUCAGAGUUGUGCUGAAAAUGAAGAAUGUUCCAAAGAAGAUAUUGCCUAUCUUUUGAAAUGUUAUGAAAUAAACAAUGUUAUAGCAAGUAAUAGAAAAUCACAACAAGAAUGUUAUUUAUGA